AUGACUGCCAUCGCCAGCCUCGCGUCCCCGCCGGUGAAGUGCGGCCAGUUCAGGACGACCUCCAUGGUGCCCCAGUUCGCUAAGUGGGCGCAGAUGCCCGCCGGCACUGCACAACUGCGGCGGUUCUGCAGUCACGCCGCGGCGUCUGGGUCGCCGUCGAGGCCGGACGGAGCUAGCAAUAAUAAGCGGCAACACCUACACUCUCAGCCGGGAAGUGCUGGCUUUUUCCAUAGCUGCCUCAACCCGCAGGCCAUGGCCAUGGCAUUAGCUGGAUUGUCGUCUAUUCUUAGCGUUGGACUUUGGUAUAUGGGCAAUAACCUACGCCCGUCCGAGGUUUACUGGGUCAAAACCGGUGUUGUUUCUCCACUUGUGAGGAGACAAAACAACUGUCAAUGUUGUUGGGCCAUGGCUAUUGUAGCCUCAGUCGAAGCCGCGCACUAUCAAAACACCUCGCAGUUGAUCUCAUUGUCGGUUCAAGAACUCAUCGACUGUGACACGGAGAGCGGUGGUUGCGAACGCGGCUUCAAAGAGAACGCCUUCGGGCAUAUACAAGACAAUGGGCUCUUGAGCGAAUCCUCCUACCCAUACAUGGCUCGCAGGAGUAAAUCGGGUUGCAAGCGGUACGAAACGGAAGAAGCGGCAGCAAGGAUAUCAGGGUUUCGAUUUGUCGACCCAACGGAGGACGCCCUAGAGAAGGCUGUGGCAAAGCAGCCCGUAGUUGUGUCUUUGCAAGGCUCGGAUGAACUUGAAAACUAUACAGGAGGCAUAAUGGAUUACAAAGCUGUCGAAGGCGGGACCGGGUGGAGGCAUGCCGUCCUGAUUGUUGGUUACGGCACUGAUUCAGCCGGCCUCAAGUAUUGGCGCUUCAAGAACUCGUGGGGACCAGGCUGGGGCGAGGGAGGUUUUGGGAGGAUCCGAAGGCACGUCGACGAUGAGCGUGGUGCGUUGGGUAUUUUCAUGAAACCAGGAGUUCAUCCGGUGCUCGAGGACUGA